CGAACCUGUUGUGUGUCCAAUAUUCCUCCAGUGCUGUGCAAGUUGAAUUACAGUGAGUGACGCUUUUCCUAGCUGCCCAGACACGCUUGUGAAGAGACGUGGCUUCAACAAACAAGACACAGACGUGAGCAGGACUGCAUGAUCUCCCUCCAAUAAAGGAGACCAUGGUGAAGAGAGUUGCAAUUAUCGGAGCUGGCGUGAGUGGACUGACCUCCAUCAAGUGCUGCCUGGAUGAGGGGCUGGAGCCCACCUGCUUUGAGAGAAGUGAUGACAUCGGGGGUCUCUGGAGAUUCACGGAAGAUGUUGAAGAUGGGAGGCCCAGCCUUUACAAAUCUGUGGUCAGUAACACCUGCAAGGAGAUGUCGGCCUUCACAGACUUCCCAUAUCCUGAGGAUUUUCCAGUCUUUGUGUCCAACUCCCAAGUCCUUGAGUAUCUCAGGAUGUAUGCCAAGCAUUUUGGCCUUCUGAAGCACAUCCAGUUCAAGACCACAGUCAUCAGUGUAAGGAAAUGCCCAGAUUUCUCUGCCACUGGCCAGUGGGCUAUUGUCACGGAGUCUAAUGGGAAGCAGGAGUCAUCUGUCUUUGAUGCUGUUAUGGUUUGCAUUGGCUAUCUCUCUGAUCCGUCCCUGCCGCUGGAGUCUUUUCCUGGGAUAGAGACAUUUCAAGGCGAGUACUUUCACAGCCGCUAUUACAAGCAUCCAGAUGUGUUUGAGGGGAAGAGAGUCCUUGUGAUUGGCAUGGGGAAUUCUGGAGUGGAUAUCGCCGUUGAGGCCAGUCAUGUGGCUAAAAAGGUGAUGAUCAGCACUGGCCGAGGUGCAUGGGUGAUCAGUCGGGUGUUUGACAAUGGUUACCCAUGGGACAUGGUCUUCCUAACUCGUUUCAUGAAUGUGAUCCGGAAUUCCCUCCCUGGGCCCAUUACAACAUGGCUGGUUGCGCACAGGACGAGUCAGUGGUUUGAUCAUGCAAACUACGGCCUGAUACCUAAGGACAGAGAUGUGAUACGGGAGCCUGUGCUGAAUGAUGACCUUCCAGGCCAUAUCAUCACUGGGAAAAUCACCAUAAAACCAAGUCUGAAGGAGAUCAAGGAAAACUCAGUCGUGUUUCAAAAUAGCCCCACAGAGGAGCCUGUUGACGUCAUCGUCUUUGCCACAGGAUACAAGUUCUCCUUCCCUUUCCUUGAGGAAUCUGUUGUCAAAGUUGAAAAGAAGCAGGCGUCCCUGUACAAAUACAUCUUCCCCCCGCAUCUGGAGAAGCCAACCCUGGCCAUCGUUGGCCUCAUCAAGCCAUUUGGUGCAGUCAUGCCAGUUGUAGAAAUUCAAGCUCGCUGGGUCACACGAGUCUUUAAGGGCUUGUGUCAGCUGCCUCCAGUGAGCACCAUGGUGGAAGAGAUCAACGAGACGAAGAAAAACAAAAUUCGCUGGUUCGGUUUGUCCUAUGAUGAGAUCCUGAAAACUGAUUGCCUCGUGUAUAUUGAUGAACUUGCCUCCUUGAUCGGCACAAAACCCAGUGUGCUGGCUCUGCUCUUCAAAGAUCCAGUCCUGGCCAUGAAAAUUUUCUUUGGUCCAUGCACAGCAUACCAGUACCGCCUGGCUGGGCCGGGGAAGUGGGAUGGAGCCAGAAAUGCCAUCCUGACCCAAUGGGACCGGACAGUGAAGCCCACGAGAACACGAGUCGUAGAAGAGCCUCCAAACUUCUGUUUCAAUUUGCUUAAACUAAUCAGCCUUUUUGCUCUCUUUGCUGCAAUUUUUCUUGGUUUCAAGUAGUCCUGGUGUGAUGUACAAGCCUGCAUGUAUAAAUCUUUUCUGGCUAGACAAUAUUUCUAUAUGGGGAGGCAGGAAAGCAAUACAUACAAAGGUCCUGUAAGAACAGAAGGGUUUCUAAAGUUAAGGAAAACAA